UGGAAGUUAAAGUCGAGCUUGGGGCGGCGCCGUCGUCGCUGAUCCAGCGGAUCACGAGGCAGAUGACGGUAUUUAGCCACUGGGAACAAAGUCAUGACUUAUGACGUUGGGCUGAUGUCGCAUGCAACCUUUCAACCGUUGUUUCUACUACCAGCUAUAGCUAGGAGGCUAACCAACUCAGGCAUUUGCAGCUUAACAGAUUGCAGCGACGAGCCGAUUAGUGAGUGCCAAGUGCUUAUUCAGGAGAGGGCCAAAGCAGAAAACCGAAUCGUUUGCCCGUCGGUUGCUGCUCGCGGGCAGGCGUAUAGAAUCCUAUCUCGGACUUGACGAGUGAGGAGUAAGUGGCUACCGGUUCGUGUUGCGUAUCUGCAGUGUGACACAGGCAUAUAAUCCC